AUGACCGUAUACGACACCCUCACUUCCUACCUCACUGGCAAACCACCCCAGGCCGAUUCACCCCUCUACAUUGCCGGUGUAGUGGAUCUGACCCAACCUACCUUUUACGUGUCAAUUGCCUCGAUUUGCUUCAAUCCACUCUUUUGGAACAUUGUUGCUCAGAAUGAAUAUCACAACAAGACGAUUACGAAGAUCCUAAAGGGAAAUAGGUACUUGGGUUGCUAUGGACUUGCUGCGACCAUCUUCUCAUUGGGAAUCUUGAGGGAUCAUAUUUACAAUGAUGCCCUUAAGCACCAACCUGCUCAUCCUCUUUUGCAAACACUCCCCGUAAAGGCACUCGCUGUAGGACUUAUUGCCGCUGGAAACGUCUUUGUAGUGUCGAGCAUGUGGGCAUUGGGAGUGACGGGAACUUAUUUGGGCGAUUACUUUGGAAUCUUGAUGGAUCACAUUGUUACAGGAUUCCCAUUCAAUGUCAUGGCCGAUCCCAUGUAUUGGGGAAGCAGCAUGAGCUUUGCUGGUGUCGCACUCUGGUUCGGUAAGCCCGCCGGCCUCCUCCUCACCCUCGUGGUCAUCACCGCCUACACCAUUGCCCUGCGCUUCGAAGGUCCCUUUACCGCCGAAAUCUACGCCGCUGCCGCCCGCAAAGGCCACGGCUCCAAGUCUGGCUCCGGCAAGGGCUCUUCUUCCUCCUCCUCGGACGCUCAGUCUUUGGAAGGACCACCUGCUCACCGUACUCGUGCUGCUACAGGAACGACGGAUUCGGCACCUUCUACGCCUAGCAAGAGGACGAGGGCGAAGAAGGGUGGCAAGUAA